GAAAAUGAAAUGAAAAAGAAACAAAUAAGAGAGCGUGAAGAAAAGUGAAAGAGACUCGUCUCGUGUGUGAGACUGAAACUGAAACUGAGUCUCACUCCACACACCGCGCUUAACCUUUUUCAACCUUUCUUCUCAGAUCUUCAAUUUCUUCACUCAAUUUUCUUCUUCUUCAAUCGAUUCUCUUUCUUCUUCGUUUCCAAUGGACCAGUAUGAGAAGGUUGAGAAGAUUGGUGAAGGUACAUACGGUGUCGUUUACAAGGCUCGUGACCGUGUUACCAAUGAAACUAUCGCGCUUAAGAAGAUUCGUCUUGAACAGGAAGAUGAAGGUGUUCCUAGCACCGCUAUUCGUGAGAUUUCUCUUCUUAAAGAAAUGCAGCAUAGGAAUAUCGUUAGGUUGCAGGAUGUGGUGCACAGUGACAAGCGAUUGUAUCUGGUUUUUGAAUAUCUAGACUUGGAUCUGAAGAAGCAUAUGGAUUCGUCUCCUGAGUUUGUAAAAGAUCCGCGACAAGUAAAAAUGUUCCUUUAUCAAAUGCUCUGUGGAAUUGCUUACUGUCAUUCACAUAGAGUUCUUCAUCGAGACUUGAAACCACAGAAUUUGUUGAUAGAUCGCCGUACUAAUUCACUAAAGCUUGCAGAUUUUGGAUUGGCUAGGGCAUUUGGCAUUCCUGUCAGGACAUUCACACACGAGGUAGUUACACUGUGGUACCGAGCUCCCGAAAUAUUGCUGGGAUCUCGUCAUUAUUCUACCCCAGUUGAUGUUUGGUCAGUGGGAUGUAUAUUUGCAGAGAUGGCAAACCGACGACCUCUGUUCCCUGGGGACUCUGAGAUUGAUGAAUUAUUUAAAAUAUUCAGAAUUUUGGGUACACCAACCGAAGAUACAUGGCCAGGAGUAACUUCAUUGCCUGAUUUUAAAUCAUCAUUUCCCAGGUGGCCAUCUAAGGACCUAGCAAGCGUGGUUCCAAAUCUUGAUCCAGCUGGUCUUGAUCUUCUUUCUAGCAUGCUUUGCUUGGACCCCAGCAAAAGAAUUACAGCCAGGAGCGCUGUGGAGCAUGAGUACUUCAAAGACAUUAAGUUUGUACCCUAAUUCCAUAUCUUAAUGGUAAAGGUGUUUAUAGCAAUAUGUGCAGAAUUUAAGGAUUUUGUUUGUGCCAGAACUGUGUGCUAUUUUUGCUAUUUUAUUCAAUGAAUUGGGAUCGUGUCAUAUUUUAACUUUUUAUCCUUAAAAAUAUUUCAGAUUAAAUUAAGUGUGAUAAUAUUGCAUAUUA